AUGUCAAAUAUUAAAUUAAUUUUAAAAAUUAAAAGGAGUGUAAAAAUACUCGUUUCUGAAGAAGGAAUUCGCGCAGAUGUAAUACUUUAUCAUUUGGAUACAACUGUAAGAAUACGAAAAUUUGGCAAUAAAUUUCUUAGUGUUUUUAUCGAAGCUUCUACAAAAUUAUUAGAAAAUGUAAGAAUUGAGAAGUUAAUUUUAAAAAUUAAUUUUAAGCAAAACGAUCAUCAUCAAAUUUGCAUUCAUGGAUGUAGACAACGAAAUGAAUUUAAAGGAGACACUAAAGUUGACCAACCUUGUAUCAGAGAAAGGAGUGAAAUUGAAGGUACUUGA